AUGUCCAACAACCCCGUCAAUGUCCUCUUCGUCUGCCUCGGCAACAUCUGCCGCUCCCCCAUGGCCGAAGGCGUCUUCCGCAACGUUGCCUCCUCCCACUCCCAAAUCAACGAAAUCGACUCCGCCGGCACAGGCGCCUAUCAUGUCAUGGAGCCCCCAGACCCGCGUACAAUGACCACCCUGCGCUCCCACGGCAUCAAAAACUACAACCACGCCGCCCGCAAAGUCACCCGCGAGGACUUUCUGACCUUCGACUACUUACUCGCCAUGGACAAGUACAAUUUGCGGGAUCUGUUGGAUGAGAGGGCUGCUGUGCUUGCGACGUUGGGUAAGGGUGGCGGGAAGAAGGGGAGUAAGGCUGCUGCUGCGGCGGCGGCGGCGACGGCGAAUGGGGAGGAUGUCAAGGUUGCGGAGGUGCGGUUGUUUGGGGAUUUUGGGAAGGGAGGUGCUGUGCAUGAGCGUGUCGGUGGGGGUGAGGUUGUGCAGGAUCCGUAUUAUGGGGGGACGAAUGGGUUUGAGGAGGUUUAUCAGCAGGUGGUGAGGUUUUCGCAGGGGUUUUUGGAGCAUGUGGAGAAGAGGGAGUAG